AUGCAAAGUUGGUUUACUGCAUUUAGAAAUAAUAUGGCACCAUCGAGUUUUCGUGCUAUUCAUAUGCCUCAAGGUUUUGAUAUACAUAUAUUUUUAAUGGUAGCAGUUUUUAUUGUACCAUAUAUAGCAUUUAUUAUAAUAUUACCUGGUAUACGUAAAAAAAGAUUAAUAUCAUUUAUUGCUAUUACUUAUCAAUUGACAAUUGGAUGUAUGCUUGCAGUAUCAAUUGUAUUACCAUAUUGGAAUAUAGGUGCUGUUAAUGUUGAAACAUUUAUAAAAGCACAUUCAACUGAUGUUACUCCUGCUACACUUUCAGUAAAAGUUGGUUUAAAUGUAUUAAAUGUUUCAUUAAAUAUUAAUACACCAUUACUACAUGAUUAUGUAUCAAAUAAUCAAUUUGAUUUAUCAAGUCAUAAAAUUAUGAAAUUAGAAUUAUAUAAAGCAUAUAAAAAAGGUUUAAGUUUACCGGUAAUAAAAAUUUUAGAAUAUUUCUCUCAACAUCAGGAAGGAUUUGAUUGGGGAUAUAAAUAUAGAAGAGCUGGCCAUUAUACUAAUGCUUUUUUAUGUAUUGCUAUUGGAUUUUGGUGUUUACAGGCAAUGAUAAUAUCUGGACUUUUAACAAUAAUUGCUAAUUUAACUUAUGGUAUUGUAUCACCAUCAAAUUUUGCAAUACCAUUUAGAGGUGAAAAUGGUGCUUUAUCAUUAUUAAUUUUUCGAUAUGGUGCAUGUUUUUAUAUUUCAUUAAUUUGUGGUCUUUUACAAACAACUAUUGGUACUGGAUUACUUAUACUUCAAGUUUUAAGAGUAUAUGUUAUUUUAACUGUUAUGAGUUCUAAAACAAUGGAUGCUAAUGUUGGUCCAUCAUGUAAACAUGGUGGAAUAAGAAGGCAAAUAACAAUUGUACGUGGAAGAAUUGAUGAUGAUCGUAUACGAUGUUCUACCUAUAUUAGCAAUCAAAUAAGAGCCCGUAAUUGUGCACAAUUAAGUGUUCCAAAAGAAAAUAAAAUUGAAUCACCAAUAUUAUUAGUUUCACAAAAAGAAGAUUCAUUUUUACAAUCAACAAUUUCAACAGAUGUAUCAAUUCAAGGAAAAAGUAAAAUUUUAAAUGAUGAUAGAAAUAGCCCUUAUGAAAGUAGAUCAUCAUUAAAAACAACACCUGCAAGUAGUUUAGGAAGUAUUGAUAAUGUAAUUCAUCGUUCUAUCAGUCAAAUUGUAUUAGAACAUCAAUCAAAAUCAGAUGAUAUAAAAAAUGAUCAAUUUAUAGUUGAUGACAAUCGAACAUGUACAACUCCACAAAGUUUAUAA